GCGACGCUGGAUUGUAGGGUUGUUGUGGUGUGACGUCAUCAACAGGCGCCGCUCGGAAUGCCGUUGUUCAGUUCCUAACGUCUGUUUGGUAACUAAAGACACGUUUAUUUCUUGAUUUAAAUUAAAAACUUUUCAGGACCCAACAGAAACGUGUACGUCGGGUUGUGUAAAAUCAUCCAGAGUAACUCUGAGGUUGUGUUUUGACUGUUAAUCCUUGUUGAAGUUAAAAUAACGAAUGUCUCUGUGAACCUGGGCAUGGACUUCACUGAGUGCUACCGAGACAUGGUGUCCAGUGUGGCCGCUGCUGCUCGCUCAGGCGGCACUAGGUGGCUGAGGGUGCUGAUUCAGAGAGGCUGCAGUGUGGACUGUCGGGACAACCGAGGCUGGACCGCCCUGCACGAGGCGGCGGCAGCUGGCAGCAAAGCGUGCGUCCAGGAAAUCCUGUCAGCUGUCAAAGGUCUCAGCCUUCCCUGUCUAACGUUGGAUGCAAAGUUAGAAGAGACCCUAGUAUCCAACAGUCCCCAUCGCUCCAAACAAGAAGAGGCUCAGAGCCAAUCCCGGAUCUUAUCCCACCCUCACCUUCAUCUGUCACUCCUACCCUCCUCCACCACUGUCUCACUGCCCUCUAACAUGUCUUGCACCAGCCUCACAUACUUCUCUGCCACUCCCGAUGUUCUCAUACAAAUCAGCUGUGGGGUCCUUGUGUGUUUGCUGAUUGUAUUUAAGAUCACGUUUCUCUCAAAGGGCCACACUGAGAUCGUGCGCAUUCUCGUUAACAAAUGCAACCUGGAGGCAGUAGACGAUUACAGGAUUUCCCCGUUAUUUGUGGCUGCACAGUACGGACAGAGGGGGUGCCUGGAAAUACUCGUUAACACCGGUGCCAACGCGAACACGCAGGCAGUCGAUCUGAGUACACCUCUGUUCAUCGCCUCUCAGGAGGGACACCAGGCCUGCGUGGACUUCCUGUUGGACCACGGGGCUGACCCUAACAUGGUCUGCAGUCACGACUGGCCCCAGUUUGCCAUUCACGCCGCAGCCCAGUUUGGUCACAUCGGCAUCCUCAGGAGGCUCAUAGCUGUUACGGACCGUGCGUGCGACCGCGGCGAGAGCAUGGUGAGUCCGGUGUAUGUAGCUAUUAACAGCGAUCAGACCAAGAGUGUGGAAUUGCUGUUGAGGGAAGGUUACAGCCCAGACGCCCAGGACUGCUCGCACACCCACGGCCUCCUCUCACCGCUCUCCCUGGCCUUGUAUCGCACACCCCAGAAACCUUACAGUGAGUCGGUGAAACUGCUGAUAGCUGCAGGAGCAAGGUUGAAUGAGGAAGAUUGGAUUUAUGCUUUGGCCACUGACGAAGCAGACCUGCUGCAGCUGAUAUUUGAGCACCGGUGGAUACCUCGCCCAGAGGCUGUGACCAGCGACGAAUCUGUACUGCAGCACGAUGGGAAAACUGAGCUGAAGCUGGGAGAACUGAACGAGAUGCUCUGUGUGGCUCUAAACCAAGUACAUUUUGCUGGCUGCUGGCUUCCUCUUCUCCUGAAGGCAGGACUGGAACCAUCUUUACUGCUUCAGCCCCACAUGUUGGAAGAGGCAGACAGCCAGGUGUUAAAUUACCUCCUUGAGUUUGUAAACUGGUCGACUUUAUCUCCCCGUUUGAAACAUAUUCUGGAUCGAAGGGUGGCAGAAAAGUCCUGGGAUCCGCAUCCGUGUUUCGACUCCGUCCCCUGUCUUUCCCACAUCUGCCGGCUGCAGGUCAGAGCACUGCUGGGACCAGAUAUCCUGAUGAGGACCAAUGUCGUCCAACAGCUUCCUGUCCCCAACCUGCUUCACGAUUUCCUUAAAUUCAGGGACAUCCCAGAAGCUUCGUACACACACGCGCCACCAUUGGCAAUUUUACAGCGAAUCGAGGAACAUCGCAAUACACACCAGCACAGACAUGUUCUAUGACCACAUCAGUGUCUUAUGUUCAAACCCAAGAAUCCAUAUUAUUCCAUUAAAUGCAAAUAUUCAAGUCUGGUUCAUCAUUUUAUGCACAUUCCUACUUGGAGUAUGGAUGGAUUGGAGGUUUAAACAGAAGAAUGUCAGGUACAGAAGAGGGACAAAUGAAUAGAAAAACCAAAAAGCCUCUUACUAAGGUGUUGGACCACCAGAACAGCACUACUGCUCCUUUAUGUUUAUUCUUGAAAUGUCUGGAAAGUCACUGGAGCGCUGGACACUAUUCUUCCAAAAGAUAUUCCCUCAUAUGUUUUGAUGAUGUUGGAGAGGACUGUCUAAUGGUCAAACAUCUCCCACAGGCGUUCAUUUGGAUUGAAAUGUUGUGACUGCACACGUGUGAUUCACACCAUUUUCAUAUUCUUCAGUGACCCUUGUGCCCUAUGGAUGAGGGGAAUUCUCACUCUGGAAGAGAGCAUACAUGAGGAUAAAAGCCAAUCACAUAGACAAACUUUGUGUUGAUUUGCAGUGAUCCCUCCCCUUUUUGUGCAGGAAGUACAGCUAGUGUCAAUAAACAGCUCACUAGUGGUUAAAAUAACAACAAAGCAGCCAAGAAAUAUAUAUCAUACAAAUAGAUGUAAUUAUCCAAACUCAUUCAUAUUCUUCCUCCGUUUUUUUGGCACCAGAUCAUCAAAAGCUGUACGGGGACGAUCAGAUGGCUCGUACGAGUCUACGCACUGCAGGCGUGAAGGAUUACGGGCGUUUUUUUUCCUUUAAUUUGUCAUCUAUCCGUAGCUUACUUCACCUGUUACUUUCUAGAAAUUGUAUUGUACUUAAGUGAUUUGUAAUAAAUUUUAUGACUAAGCCUUUGGCAUUAAUGCUACGAUUUAAUAAAAUUAUUUUUCUAAUUAAAGUGAAAAUUUCCCCAAACAA